GCAGAGACAAACAAACCGAGAACCGCACAGAGGCCACGGUGAAAGCGAGAGCGCGCUGCUCUCACCAGGGUUGAAUUCAAAGAUUAAAUACAGGGGUCCAUGAGGAGGGGUGGGGAAUGCGCGCAUACACUGAGGUGUAAGUGUAGAAUUUUUUUGGGGAGGGGGUUCAGGGAACUGAAAGUGGAGAGUUGCUGAUGAAGCUGCAGGCGCACUGAGGCGCUACUUGGACUGUUUUCACUUCUCACUCCCUGUGUUGUUGCAUGUGUUUCCUGGGAUGGAAUAAUUUCCCUCUUUGCUAAUCCAAGGAAUAGCUGAUAUCCUGCUUUCACCGCUCUCCAUGGUGCUUGAAGGCAGAGAGAUGGACGGGAUCGGGAACACCAUGCAGAAGAAGGCUGCAGAGCUGGAGCGGCUGGCCGAGGUGCUUGUCACCGGGGAACAGCUCAGGCUGCGGCUCCAUGAGGCGAAGGUGAUCAAGGAUCGGAGGCACCACCUUCGGACUUACCCGAACUGCUUUGUUGCUAAGGAGCUCAUUGAUUGGCUGAUCGAGCACAAGGAGGCCUCAGAUCGAGACACGGCCAUCAAGAUUGUGCAGAAACUUUUAGAUCAGAGCAUCAUUCAUCACGUGUGUGACGAGCACCGGGAGUUCAAAGACAUGAAGCUGUUUUACCGCUUCCGAAAGGAUGACGGCACAUUCCCGCUGGAUAGUGAAGCCAAAGUGUUUAUGAGGGGACAGAGGAUCUAUGAAAAAUUGAUGAACACAGAGAAUAACCUAUUGCAGACCAGGGAGGAGGAGGGCGAGUCAUUUGAGCGGACGCUGGUAGCCUCAGAGUUUGUUGAUUGGCUACUACAGGAGGGGGAGAUGCCAACGAGGGAGGAGGCUGAACAGCUGGGGCGGAGGCUUCUUGAACAUGGGAUCAUCCAGCAUGUCACCAACAAGCAUCACUUUGUUGACGGGCCCCUCCUCUACCAGUUCAGGAUGAACUUUCGGCGACGGCGGCGGUUGAUGGAACUUCUUCACGAGCGGGGACGCAGCAUUCCCGAGAGUCAUGACAGUCCCUUCUGUCUCCGGAAACAAAGCUCUGAUGGAGGCAACACCAGCUUCCUCUCAGUGAGUCCCACUAAAGAGAUAAAGGUGUCAGUCGGAGUUCGUCGGAGCAGCAUGAGCAGCAGCUGUGGCAGCAUCGGUUACUGCAGCAGCGGUUAUUACAGCAGCAGUCCGACGCUCAGCAGCAGUCCGCCUGUCCUCUGCAACCCUAAAUCUGUCCUGAAGAGACAAGUGAGUCCAGAGGAGCUGCAGAGACCAGGAGGACCUUUUAUAAAGAAGACAUUCACUAUUGUAGGCGAUGCUGUGGGCUGGGGCUUUGUGGUGCGAGGAAGCAAACCCUGUCACAUCCAGGCUGUGGAUCCAGGUGGACCUGCAGCCGCUGCUGGCAUGAAGGUGUGUCAGUUUGUGGUGGCGGUGAACGGACUGAACGUCCUCUGUCAUGACUACCGAACCGUCAGCAACCUGAUCCUGACUGGUCCCCGGACGAUUGUGAUGGAAGUGAUGGAGGAGGUAUAAGCAUUAAAGAGAGCUCCAAGAGGAAACCUCUUACAAGAGUAGUGCAGGAAAAAAUGUGGGGACUGAAGUAGUACUUGACCUCAAAACCACAUCAACAGCGAAACACUGAUGACUUGAAAGCACGUCUCACUGGCUUUGCGCCAACAUUGUUUGAACAAGGCAGAUGACUGAGAAACCGUUUGUGCGCUUAGGAAUGAGGGUAUCGUAGUCAGGUUGUUUUGGAUUUUUUCUGUGAGUUGAAGGUUGCAGACACACACACACACACACACACACACACUAAAGAGAGAAUGUGCAGGAGCGUGGAGCAGGAAAACCAUCAUCCUGAAGCGUUGCUGUCUAUCAGAGUUUUAAUAGGAUGUUAGAAGAUGUGAAACUAAGUUUUGCCAUUAGAACUUGUGGAUGAACAAGAAAAAGCUGAAAAUGAGGAAGAAUAUUUCAUGGUGCCAUGAAAGCAACCUCUCCCCCAGUGAGCUGUUCCUGAUGGCUGGACACUGCCCCCUGCUGAGAAGGACUUCACACUGCUACUACAUGCAUAUUCAGGGUUUCAGGGUGUCUCAUUGUUUUUUCUCUCUUUGAAGAACCGUUAUGUUCAGUGGCAAAAGACAAACUCCCUCCCUUCCCAUAUGACAAAUGUAAAAUAUCAACUUAAUCGAUGUUGAGGUAGAUUUAUUCCUAGCUGCUAGGAAUUUCUUGGUGAAUGUUAUAAAGGUGAUAAACUUACAUGCCACAUUAACAGGCACAGUGUAUAUAGCGAAGCUGUUAAAGACUUUACACAAGGGCAAAGUGCAGAAGUCCAGCUUUAGAAAAACUGUCUCCCUUAAAAUCUUGUAAAUACUCCAUAUUGUUUAAGCCCUGUUUUAAUUACCCGUGGCCUCAAUUUUAGGAUCUUUCCAAACUGGAUGCCUGAUACACAGCCCAGAAAAUCCACAGUGAUCUACGACGUCAUCGUCUGUAGUUUGUUUAAAAGAAUCUGGAGGUUUCUGUUAUACUCACGUUUGAGAUGUGAGCACUAGAUUUGUUUCAUACCAUUCAGCAAAGCCAAAAGAGGAAAUACUAAUAAUAAGGACGACUGUAAUUGGAGUCAUACGAACCAACCUUAAUGUAAACUUUAACUUAGAGUAGAUUCAAUUUUAACUUUUAUAAAUGCUUUGAUGUUAAAAGUAUAUUAAAGAUGAAAUAGGCUAUAUGAGCACACAGUUACAUGUUUUUAAUAAACAAAAGCACUUGAUUGAUAAAAGCUUUAUGUAGAUGUUCAUGCAUACAGUAUUACAGUAUACUCUGUCAUGCUCUCAUCCCCUACAUCAUUUACUCCAUCAUCUGUAGAUGUGGAGCAGUUACACGUUAAGUAUGAACUAAAGAUUUUUCAGACAGAUAAGAUGAUCCUGAGGAAGUUGACAUUUUCAGUGUAUAUUUAGAUUGAAAUAGAGUGGCUUUGUCUGAUUUUGUCUCAUCAGAUACACACAACCAAAUAUUAAAUCAUUUUAAGUAAUGGGAGCAGUUUGCUCUUUUUUUUUCUUCUUCAUUUUGUUCAUCUAGAUUUUGUAGAAGCUCGUUUUCACCAAUGGAGAGAAAAAAAAGCCAUCCCAUGAGUCAAAAUGUCAGUUUAUCUCAAAAUUUCAAAUUAGGCAUCUCCAAAUUUUAACUUACUCAAAAGUUUGAGUCAGUUGUAAUUUUAAGAUACCUGAAAUUUUGAGACACUAACUUGACCC